GGUAUCCUUAUUUUUUUGCCAGUAUUGUGGUGAUUAGCAGCUUGCGUGGGUAGGUGAAAAGUAAACUGUUUUGUGUUAGUCUUAAUUACCGUUAUAAGGCAAUCUUGAGUUCUUGCUAAAAUGUGUCAAGCGGCCUUCCCUUCAGUGUAGGUUCGUUUACCCGGCAAUUUUCAAUUGCGACUGGUUUAUCCACUGGUUUAUCAAAGGGCUGAACACAUCCAAUGGUAAAUAUUUCAAAGUGAAUUAAGAUGGAUGCGAUUUUCAUUUAAAAUAGUGACAUCCGCAUGUGGAAGUGACUUCAGUAUUUUUAUUUGCGAUCAGGCGUUCUUUUCUUUCUCGGGAGCGCGGAAGACAGCGGAUGGGCAAAGAAAAAGGAAAGCAGAACCGCCUGAUGACGGGUAUAUUUCAUUUGGAGACCACAAAAUGGUACUCAAGGCUACAAUCCCGGACAGGAACAACAGCUCAUUUUAAUGUUCAAAAACGAUGGUUUUCCCUUGUGCUAAAAAUACCCACUGGCCUCCUUAAUUAAUGUUGAUUGAUACAGCUAAAUAAUAGAAGCCUGCAACACACGGAACAAUGUAGACCUGUUUAGCUUGUAUGUUUUGUUUCCCAAUUAAGAUUCCAGGGGAAUUAAACCCUUUUUCUUUUCAUUAAAUAAUGUAAAUAAGAUGAUAUUGAAAGAGACAGACUUUCUCUAGAGUAUCAUCAUAUGAUCUGCAUGACACGCACAUGUAGUUAAGUGUUGAUGGGGAAAAAGGAUUUAAAAAAGGUGAAAAGUAGGAACCUUCCCAACACUUUUGAAAGUGAUUGCAGUUUCAGGAUUGUAUGUUCCAGUUCAAUAAUAAAGGGUUUCUCAGCGUCAGUUGAAGAAGCCCUUUUUUCUCGUUCUAUAAAUGCAGGAAAGGGCAUUUGUUGUUCUUGGUGCCCUGUGCAACCUUGAACAAGUAUAGCCAUAGAUGAGGCCCUCUGUGUUGGGGGGGAUUGAACUACAUUCAUCCCUAGUCUGAAUUUCAAAUGCAGUCGUUUUGUGUUUUGAAGAGCUGCCAUGUUCUUGUUGGUAUUUGACCCAUUUUAAUGUCAGUUGUCACCAUUUCAUCUUGUUUUAAGUCACCAUUUCAAGCCCAUGUCACUUGUCGAUACUUUACCUUAACAGGGCCCCAGAUAUAGCUGAGACAUGGGUAGAAGAGGGGGACCUCUCUAGUCAGAAUUUCAAAGCCCUUCAUGUUAUGUAGUGAACAGCUCCCCUCCCCUCCCCUCUAUUGUUAAGUUGUAUUGUGCUGUUGUUUUCCUGCUUCUUAGCUUUUUGGACAGUUCCAAUGCAAUUAUUGUACUGUAGAGUAUGUUAUGGUUAAAACAAAAUUUCAGCAAGAAGUAACACUACCAACUCUUCAGUAUGUAUGAGCAGCACCUUACCCAUGUACACAGCUACAUGACUUGGAGUUGGUAGUGUAUGAUUUUGGUUCCUUCCACAAAAUACUUAAUUUAGCCCCUGUACACCACAUGCCAGAUGAGGUCCCAGUCCGAGUUGCCCAGGUAUCGGUUGUUCAUUGCAAACUCAUAGAGGUCUGUUAGAGGCGUAGCGUGAAAUUUUGAAGAUGUUUGAGCUGAAAUAAAAGCUGGAGUGCCCAAAGUGCUCCAAACCAGAGGGGUUUGGGGGUAUGCUCUCCCAGAAAAUGAAUGAAUAAUAAAAUAAUUGUUGAAUUCUGCUUUCAUAUGAUAUGAAGAAUUAUGCAGAUCUCUGAGGCUGUUAUCCACCUUGGCCUUUGCCUCUCUGGGUAACAGUCUCCUCAAUCUGCAUAAUAGGACAAUUGCUUGAUGAUGAUGUCACUUUACUACAACUACACAACAUUCUGUACCAGAAUUUUUUCAGUUUGUUGCUUUCUAGUUAUGCAAAUGGGAGCUAUGUUUUUUAAACCCCAGUGGGAUUGACAAAUUUAAAAUCAAAAACUAAGAAAGCAAAAACGAAAUGGAUUCUGGUAGUUGUAGUCAAAUGUGGUUAUUGUGAAAAUGGCCUAUUCUUCAAAUCAUACUCAGCCUCAUUCAAUGAUACUGCUGAACAACAAAUGAAUUAUGUGUAAUCUUUUUAUUUAAUCAAACUUAUAUUGAAAAUAGAAGUUGCUGGUUGCCUGCAGAUGACAAACUGAAUGAUCCAGAUGGCUGGUCAAGCACAUCCUUAUAAUGCAGAUUUAUCCAAAGAAUCUGAGCAUGCUGCUGAAUUCCAGAUACACGUUCGCCACUCAAGAGGGGAAAAAGCUGGUCAUUGUCAUGGUGGACUUCUGUCAGGAAGUUACUGCAAAGAAAUCAAAGAAUUGUUUACACUAGCUUGGCCCACAGUGUUAUCUUACUUCUUUUACCACAUGAUUCACAUGAUCAGCUUGUUUUUUGCUGGGCGCAUCGGCAAACUAGAAUUGGCUGCUGGAACAUUAGCUUUAUCUUUUAUCAAUGUGACAGGACCUUCGCUGUUUAUUGGCUUGGGUUCUGCAGUAGAGACACUUUGUUCUCAAGCAUUUGGAGCGAGGAACUAUCGCCUUGUUGGUGUAGUGCUGCAAAGAGGAGUUUGGAUUUUAGGAUUAACUUGUAUCUUAGCCUGGUCACUAUGGGUUAAUAGUGAGUUGCUUUUGUUGCUAGUUCACCAAGAAAAAAAUGUUGCAAGGUAUGUUUUAUUUAAAGAAACAUCUGACACUUAGCAAUGUCACCGCAAAUUUCCCUUUUGCAAAUGUUCGCUGCUGCCAUUCUUAAGAGUGUUUCUAUAAAGAAAGAAGUUUGCAACCCAGGGUUGAACCUGGACUUUUUGUAUCUAAUUUCUCUCCCUUGCCACUUCACUACCACACCAACUCGCCAAUAUUCCAUAAAAUUUUUAGCACAUAAAGUAGCAAACUGUCUUACUUAACUGAUACUUCUCAAAAACUCAUUAAUAAUUUAUAAAAAUUAAUGUUUCACGAGUGUUCAGUGUUCGGAUGAAAAACUGCUCAUUUUUGCAUCUUUGAUUUCUCCUUCUAAAAUCCAUUUGUGUGAGAAGUAAUAUCAAGCAUUCAACAAAGUGUUCCUUCACCAGAUGAAACACCCUGAAGUUCGUUAAAAAUACUCCACUGCAAUGUCAUAUUUUCAACUCUCUUCUAAGUGCUUCAUCUGUGAUGCAACACUGCGUGUCAUGCUUGAUAUACAGUUUGUAUAACAUCAAUAACAGGUGACUCAAGCCCUUUCCAUAACUUUUAACGUCAAUUCAACUUAGGCUUCAAUGUCAUUCUUUCUAAGACUACUCAAAAACAUAUCAUUUGCCUUUAUAUUAACCAACCACCCAAUUGUGAUGAAAUAGAUAUUAAGUCCAACUAAGAAAACACUGGGGACCAGUAUCUGGAAGGUUGUGGCCAUGGGUUUUGAUUCCAGCUGGGGGCUCGGAUUUUUUCCUCGAGCAUUUCUUAGUUGUACUUCAUAUUUGCCCUGUUGUAACUUACAUGUAAUCCAGGGAAUAUAUUGCAUCUAUCAUGACCAAAGGCUUGGUUACCAGUGGUGGCAUCGACUGUUAAAAAUGGCAACCACUGUUUACAGAUGGGAUCUAGGUGACGGGAGCAAUGGUCCCCUGCAAAAUGACAUCCAAGGAACAAGUACAGAAAUUCCAUGAUGUAAUAUAUCAAACAUGAGACGCAGUGUUUCAUCACCAGAUGAAACACCGAGAAGAGAGUUGAAAAUACGACGCGUAGCGGAGUAUUUUUGACGAACUUCGAGGUGUUUCAUCUGGUGAUGAAACACUGUGUCGAAUGUUUGAUAUUUCUUCUCAAACAAAAUCAUUUUUGAAGGAGAAAUUAAGGAUGCAAAAAGGAGCAGUUUUUCAUCCGAUAUCCAAACACUCAUUAAACAUUAAUUUCCUUUGAAUUUUCUUUAUGAAUUAUUAAUGAGUUUGAGAAGAUAUAUUACAUCACUUCCCAGAUCCGGGUAGUGCUUCUGACUGAUAGUGGCGAAUUUCCUUCAUGGCACAUGUACAACCAAUCAGAAGUACUACCCAGAUCUUGGUAAGGACAUGGUUUUAUUCCCCCAAGCCUCGUUGCCAAGUCUGAAUUUUAAUACAAUGUAUAUUGAAAAUGGUCAAUUGUUGGGUUCAACAUGGCAUAACAUAGCGUGGCAUAAUUUUUUAGUAACACUCAAUUUGUUUUAACUUUUCAUAGGUUGACCCAAGACUUCGUCCUCAUAUGUAUACCUGCUUUAAUAGUUAGUACACGCACUUCAGUUUUAUUACUAUUAACAGAAGUUUUUUGUAUUUUGUUCACUUCAAUAAUAUAACUAUAUCUCCUUUGCCAGAAGCCUUUUCUUAGAGGUUUACAUAAUAAAUUAUUACACUGUAUAUAUUAUGAUCUAUGAAUCAAAGGACAGAAACUUAAAUCCUUUUAAUUAAUCAUCUUUUUGCUAUUUUUUUCUUUAUUAAAUAAACAGGGGAAUUUUUUGUUUGUCUUGUUACAAAGAUAUCUUCAGACACAGGUGUGUUCAAAGUAAAGUAGAUAAAUUGAACAAGAUUUUAAUCUGUAACAAUACUUGUAUACACUGGCAAAUGAUACUGAAGUCAAGCUAAGCCACCUGGGAACUAUUUUAAGUUGUUUUGCAGUGUGAAGUAAUAACAACAUAGACAUAACAUACGCAUAAUAAUAAUGAUAAUGAUAAUAAUAAUAAUAAUAUAGCCAAAAUUAUAUUUCAGGGCUGUCACAGUCUUACAUAUAUUGCUAAUGCAUUACCGAUAAAAGAGCUUUGGAAGAAACUUCAAAUCCAAAUAUUAAACUAUUAAAAUAUUCCUAUACUAUUACAUGAUGUCUCAUUUCUCUUACCACCCUGCACUAAUGUGCAUAAUUUAUAUGUCUAGUCAGAUCUAAUUUUUUUGGAAAGAUAUAUAUGUGAGAUUUUUCUUAACUUUAAUAGCUUUUAAUUGCCAAAAAUUGCUCUCAGCUACUUCAUUAAUUUACUGAUAGAUCAAACAAUUAAGCCAAGCACAAUGAAUAUAAUCAUAAUGAUUAUAACUUCUGCAUGUACUGUAGGUGUAGCUUUUUAUUCUAACCUUGGAAUUUUGUUUUUAGGGUAUUGUGAAGCCAAUACUCUAUGUCUGUGCUGUUACUAAUGGGAUACAAAUUGGUCUUAAUGUUCUGAUGGUGUUGGUAUUUAAUCUAGGUUUCAGGUAAACAUAGAUUCAUAGUACGUGUAUUUAAGGUACAUGUACAUGUACUUAAUAUCCUAAUUUUAUAUAUUUUAUUAUAAUAUUUUCCUUAUUUUUUGUGGGUCAGUUAUCUUUGGACCUCCAGAUCUCUUCUUUCGUGGGUCAAUUUAAGAAGAGAAAUGCUUUUCUAGUCUACACUAUAUGCUUUAAUGAAACUGUUCACGACAAAUGGUGCUUAAAUGAAAGCGUUGGGCAAACUAAAAAUGACUUAGAACACAUGGUUAAACUCCGUUUAGGUAACCAGCCCUGUAUGUACAGUGGUUUAACCAUGUCUCUUUUUAUUGAUUGCCUUUUUGACUGAUACUUGAAUGUACUCCUCAAAGUAUGACAAGACAGCUCUAGCAGUGUCAUGACUACACCACCGAGUCAUAACUAUUCAUUGGAAGAAACAAAAAAUUCUUGAUCAAAAGGCUUUCUGGCUUUUCCACAGGUAGCCCAAGCUCAUACUGUGUAAUCCUCAAAAUUGCCAUUUAAGGAUUUGUAUAAGAAUUCAGACACUUAAGAUUCAAGAAGAUAUUAAAUACUUGCAGACAUUUUCAGUAGUAAAAAAAAACCCUUUUCCACGGUGUGUUCUUGUUUCCUGUGUGGUUAUUUUCCCAAUCCAUAGCGAUUUAAGCGAUUUCCUUUAUCCCGAGUUUCCACUUAUAAAAAGAGGACAAGGCCAAACACUUGUGAUCUGGACAGCCCGCUGAACAAAGAAAAAAAUUACAUUCUUGGUUUAAGUCACCCCACAGCCAAAAUUCCAUCACAGAAUCCAACUGGAAAGGUUACUCUGUCAAUCUAGCUCCCUAGCCAAGCAAUUGUGUCCCUGCAGGCAAAAGCCACAUGGCAGUUUGCUUCCGGGAUAUUUUAACGGUCCAACCCUGGUAGACGGCUGUGUACAAACUCACCAUGACAUGAUGACCAUUGAACCUAUGUCACAUUGUCAUAAAAAUGAUUAAACACCUAUACUGAGCUUGGGCUACCUGUGAGAAAACCAGUUUCCAGAAGUGGGUAGUGAAAGGGUGAAUUAUGACAUCAUCGCAGAUGUAAUUUCAAGGUGAUGCGUUUACAGACUAUAAGUGUUCAAUCUAUCAAAGACGUAGUUACAAUAUUUCUCAUUUACAUUUUACAGGGGAGUGGCCAUUAGCUGGGCUCUAACGGCAUGCAUCUUAACAAGUUUGCUGUUAACUUACAUGAAGGUCUUCAAGCUCCACACAAAAACUUGGCCAGGUGAAUUUUUUUAUUCAUGGUCCUUACUUUAAAGCUUUGAUCAACAUGUAUUUAAGCAAUAAAAAAUGUUUUCUAAGACAAAAGUCGAGGGCUUUCAUGACUGUUGAGAGUUCUCCCAACCCCUCAAGUGUUUAUAAUAGGCUAUGCGAAUACAGGAAAAAAGUUUUCUAUUGCCUUUAUAUAAAAUUAUAGCCAAAUUCAUUGUAUCGCGCUGCGUGUUUGCAAAACUUCGAAUGGGUUUUUCUGUUCCAUCAAUCACUUGAGUGGGAGUUAAUGCAAAUCACAAUGCAACGCACUCGCCCAGCUUGGACCACAAAAACAAAAUUGUGAAGGACGCUAAACUGCUCAAGAAUAGCGAAGGAAAUCGCCAUGAUGAGUGGAAUUUUUGUUGAGGGCAGGAGGCAGACAUUGCUCUAUUCUUGCAGGAGACCAGAAUAGAAAAGGUCAUAAAAAGCUUUGAAGAAAACUAGCCGAUCAUUGCCCGAGACAGUUUAAUCACUAGCAGCGAACCUUGAAAUGCAGAAACAAACAAAGUGGAUCAAAAUGCACCAAUCACAAGUAAACAUUUGUUUCCAAAGAGGUCCGCUAAGAUGAUUGACGGAACAGAAAAACCCCAAUUUCCUUUGAAGUUUGCAAAACGUGCAGCGCGAUACAAUGAAUUUGGCUAGAACUUCCCAAAGAAAGAUCGCAGAACUCUUGUUUGUUAUGGCACUGGUUAAAAGCAAAAUUCUUACAAGUUGCAAAGUCUUGUACAUGAAGUCUUGCAUACGUAAUAAUAAAAGUGAUGAUAGUUUUCCUCUUAAAUCACUCAUUCUUAAAAUGUCAGCUUAAGUGAAAAAAAAUUGCAACAGCAGGUUUGUAAAGAUUUUCCAAGUCUCAGCCGAUGGGGAAAUGGGGAAAUAUUAAUAGUAAUUAAACUUGUUGUGUUUUCAACUCAAAAACUUUUUUUAAAUUCAUCCGGCUUUGAUUAGCACAACUGAAAAGAAAAACAUCUUGAUGUUAUAAUUACCAUGUUCACAUUCUCUCAUGCAAACAUGCCUCUCUGCAAAUCAGAGUGCGCAUACUGUCGUAGUUAUUUUAUAAAUUGCAUUAUGGUAUUAAUUUGAUAAUAAAUUAUUAUUUCCCCAAUGAUUAAUUUUUACUGCCAUCUGUGGCUCGCGAUCCUCUGUUUUGCAUUUAAAACUGAUGGCAUUUUAGUCAAAGUUUGGCCUGUUUUGCUAAUUUUUUCAACAAAAGGACUUUUUUUAUCUGAUAUCCAUUUUGGCAGAUUCAUAGUCUUACCAGUAUUUUUUUUGUCAUGACAUAGUUUAGACUGUCUUCAAUUAACUUAUAUGACACUACUCCAAGCUAUGGGACACACAUGUACAUGUACUAUAGUAUUACUCCUGUUGGUGCUUUAUUCUAUGGAAAAUGGAAUAAACUCUAGUGGGGUGGGCCACGUUGGCUUGUAGUGCACGGGCUUAUUUACUUAAAGGUUUGCCUAAGUCUGCGUUAGGGUCUGAAAGUAUUUUUUGAAGUACAUGUAGGUUGUCUAUUGGACAGCCAUCUUUUCUUUAUUAGUCAUUCAAAGUGAAAUCCAAUCACAGAAUAAUACAAGCCCAUUUCAGACCCUGCAGUGCAUGGUCAUGAAAAAAUGAUGUUUAUUUAAUACAGCUGUUGAUUUUCUGCUAUUUAGGUUGGACAACAGAAAGCUUGUUGAAAUGGUCACAAUUUAUUAAACUUGCGGUGUCAGGAAUGGCCAUGAUCUGUAUUGAAUGGUGGAGCUUUGAAGUUGGAGCAUUUUUAACAGGUACAGUGUAUACUACUCUCAAUGUUAUAUUGCUGAUCAAUCAAUGCAUGCAGUUUAUAACACACUUGAUUGGUUUUGUACAUUGAAUUAAAAAUACCACUGAAGAUGGCUGUUAUCUUAAUCUUAUUGUAGAAAGGUGAAAUACACACGUAGCAUACAUGUACAUGUAUACAUCUUAUCUUAUUUUGUUUUUAUAGUUCGAGGUACAAUUUUAACACACUCACAGUUAGCUAUGCAGAUGGGUCAUAUAUUCAGGAAAUAAAUACAACAGUGUACAAUGAAACUAUUAUAAAUAUAAGCGUGCAUAUAAAAGUAGAUAGUAAUUUAUUAGAAGCUAGGAUACGAUUUGUUAGAUAUCGUAUUUAAUGCAUGACCUUACAGUGACUACAGACCUAAUUAACCUGAUAUUGAUGCAUAAUGACUACGACUUCUAAUACAUGAUAUAAUGCCAACAACCAGUUAUGAGGAAAAUAAGUUUAACUUAACUUUUUGAACCAUUUUUUAGAGAUAAAUAUUAGUCGUUUGAACCAAGGAGGUCAAAAAGUACUGUAUUAACUUGGUUUAUUUUCCUUUUUUAAGUUAAGUGCUGGCCCCUUACAAACAGAUAGCACUAUUCAAUGGAUAAAUCACUAUCGAGUGGACAAGUAGUUAAUAUGUUUUGGGUAGAGUUUCAUCAAUUGGUUAGCCAGUUUAUUUACCUUUUGAACAAGUGGGGCCAGAAAUGUUAUGUUUCAAAUGUACUGUAUGAUGAACAUUAGGUUCGACAGCAACCAACAAAUAAUUACUUGAUGGAUGCAUUUGUUGUUGUUGUUUUAAAAUUAACAAGUAAUAUCUUGAUUUUCUUCGUAAGGUACUCUUGGUGAAGUGCAAUUGGCAGCCUUUGGAAUUUUGUUCAACUGGGCAAUCUUUGUAUUCAUGGUAAGAUUAAUAUCUAAUUGUAAUGCAUACUCUCUGUCAUGGAUCAAAAUAUCUAGCCUCUCUUUAAAAUGAUUUAUAGGUAGCUGUAGUAUAGUAAAAGAAGGCUAAUGUACCGUUGAAGGUCUUUGAGUGUCUUCUGGAAGUAUUACAGGUGUAUUUUAAUUUUACAGCAAGUUCUCUACCUCCUUUCCUCUCUCUGGCGCUGAAUCUGAAUCUGAUUGCGCAAAUUGCUUAUUCCAUUAAGAAUGAUUGUAUUUGUUGCUGCUGUGGAUAAUUAAGUUAUGCUUGCUCUCUUUUCCGGAUCAAAAUAUCUAUGUAUAACUCUUCUCCAUGGAAAAAGAAAACAAUAGGAGAUCCUUCAAGUCCUCCUCUGAAAGUCACAGAGGUGUAUUUUGUAAAAGUCCCCCGCCCCCUCGCGCUGGCACUGAAUUUGAAUCUGGGUGUGGGAAUUGCGGAGGUGUAUUGUGGAACAGCUUACCUUUGUGGGUCAGACAAUAGACAUCCGUUAGUGAAUUUAAAGCCUAGUGAUAUUAUUUUGAUAAUUAAACAGCAAUACUUACAUACGGCUUUCUUGUAAAGCAGGUUUUUUUCUUUAUCAUCUUUAUUCUGAUCUUUGUUUUUACCUUUUAUUUAGUGAGGUAGUUAGAGUGUGAUUCCUAUGUAAUCUCUCUCCCUGGCUUUGAAUUUGAACCUGUGUGUGUUUAAUUGUAGAUACCACUGGGACUGAGUGUUGCUGCCGGGGUUCGUGUUGGAAAUUUCCUUGGUGCUGGCAACCCAAAGGCAGUAAAAAAGACGAUCAAAGUGGCUCUGGGACUGAUAGGUAAACGCGUUUACUACAGCUAAGUUUAACAUCUGAAAUCAUUAUAGUAGAUCAAACUUCCAAAGACGGUGAAAAUUUUAUCUUUGUUUUGUUUUUAUUUGCUUAUUUAGCUUUUGUCUUUCAAGGUGUAUCCUUUGGCUCCUACUUACGACUCCAACAGCUGAAGUCCUGAUUUUUUUUGCAGGCUUCUUACGCAAUUGCAUAAAUUGCGUUCACAACUGCGAGUAUCAUUCUUCAUUUGAUUUCAUUUCCGCAGUGAUUAUUAUGAUUAUUAUUUAUGAUUUAUUUCAUACGCGGCUAUCACGUAAACAGCUUUAUGUUAUGCGAGCCUUCCGUAGGAAAGCUUAUUUCGUUUUCAAAAUGCCGGUCCAGCUGACCAUUUCUGACAUUUGGCGAGGGCCCUAUUAUUUGACCUCGAUGUAAACAGUGCUUCCUUUCUGUCUUCGUUUCCAUUGCUUGUUCUUAGCGUACCGUAUUUCCUCGAAUAAUCAACCCCCUUUAAUGGAAAUAAUUUAUUUAAAAUGAUCGCCCCCCCCCCCCCCCACCCCUCUUGUCAUCCUCUCUUUCUUUUAUCCCCUCCCUGGAAUGAUGAUCCACUAAAACUGAUCAGUGUCGAUUCAAGCUCUCAAAAUUAAUCAAGCAACCAAAUUUGGAACACUUAAAAAGCCCACUUUCAGUUUAUUUGAUGUGAUAUUUUUUUAUUUAAUGGGAUAAUAAUUAACAAAAUAUUUAGGUCACGCCCUCUAGUGAGCAAUAUUUUAAAUAAUCGCCUCCCUCAAAUAAUCUCCUUCCCUCGAACAAUCGCCCCCUUUUGGUACGAAAAAAAGAAAUAAUGGCCCCCGGCUAUUAUUUGAGAAAAUACGGUAAGUAAAGUGUAAACAAUGUUUUGAAGUUGUUUUUUAAGAAUUUCCUUGUUAUAAACUAGGCACUAACCAACUAUUUCCUUUGAAUGUCCAUAAGUUAUUCUUUUGCCUUUAUCUUACAGUUUCUGUAGAGCUCAUUAUACUUUCUCUAUUCUUUGGUCUUGGAGAUAUCAGUGGCCGUGUCUUCACCAGUAGUAGGUGUGUAAAUGCCAUAUUUACAGUUGUUUUAUUUUAUGUUUCGUUUAAGCCUUGGAUUUCCAAUCAGUGAUUAGUCAUUAAACAGUCAAAUUUUUAAAAACUUCAACCACAGUUGUAAGGUGUUCAUUAGCCCCUUUUUCUUUAGAGCCACGCGCGGUGAGCUUCAAAUUAAAUUUACAUGUAUCUGCACCCGGACUUCGCCCACUUCGCCCGGGGUUUUACUUUAGGAGGGGUUUUGAAGAAAACCAAAAACGCAGGUUGCGAUAGCCGUGUCGACCAAUUUCAAGUGAUUUUGAGAGAAGUAUUCGUUUUUUUCGGUCUUCUUUUGUUACACACCCUCUCUGCUAGCGGAGAACCGCCUCCGUCAUCGUUGACAAGACUAUUUGCCUCGACGAUUUUUGAAUGCAACAGUACUGAAACAAUGUUGUGACGAAUCGUCCCCAGCGACAUUGCAUUAAGCUCCCUUAAAAAGAGUGAACAACGACAGGGACAAACCCUUAAGUGUCCGUUUUCGGAAGAUUUAUGUUUUAGACAGUUGAAUGUAACAUUUGAUCUUUAUGGAGUUUAAGGUGGACUUUUUUUCAUUUCUUUCAGCGAUGUUUUGGCUGUUUACAAAAAGAAUAUUCGCAUCGUGUCAGUUCAGUUUUUCUUUGAUGGAAUUCAGGUACAUGUCGACUUACUUUGAACUUACUAAUCUAAGGCUUUGGUGGUCAGUCGAUAAGUGGUGGUAAUUAAUUUUGUGCCACCAUCAACUAAAAAAAUCUUAGGAUAAUACACAUUUUACCGUUUGAAAAGGAGUUUCCCACGUUGUUCAGUCCAGUUUAUCCAGUUUUGCCAUGUAGUUACUUGUGCUAGUUCGAAGAUAAUUGCCAACGAGUGUUACACAUCACAGCUUCCUCGCAUUUUAAAUCCUUUAUAUAUCUCCUAAGCAGAGAGAGAAGCUCCGAAGAACUGACGGGCUCGCUAAAACAGUGUUUGCUUUAAAGUGUUUUAUAACGAUAGCACUGCCUAUUGAAACGGAAAAUUACAGUGUCCAAGAGUUGUUCUCAGCUAAGAUUAACAGACUAGACGUGUUUCUUUGAGGUCAUUACUCGCCUUUUAACCGGGUUGAAGUAAGAGUGUUGUACUGUUAAAGCAUUGCAAAGUUGUACAUGACUUGUUGGCCUUGGUGACCUUUCUUUUUAGGGUGUCUGUAGUGGGAUUGUACGAGGGGCUGGCCGACAGAGGAUAGGAGUACUGAUCAAUUUUCUGUCAUAUUGCGUGGCUCUUUCCCUUGGCAUUACCCUGAUGUUUUUCGUCUUUCAUGAAAGCGCAGGUAAAAACAAUGAUAAUAAUAAAUAAUAAUAAUAGUAAUAAUAAUAAUAAUAAUAAUUAAUAAACAAUAAUCUUUAUUACAAAACCUCAAUUAAAAUCCUAUUUACAAUCAACCCGCUUUUACAAAAAAUCUAAUUAAUUCAUCAAAACACUAUCUACAAUUCCAUCCGUUACAAAAGAAACCCCUCGGCCUUCAUUAGAGAACAAAAACAAUCCUAUAUAUGAUAAGUGAAGAAAGAAACUAUUCAUUUACAAAUGCUAAAAAAUAGAAGUAACUUAACCUUACAUAAAAGAGGAGGAAAUAGAUAUAAUUAAUGAUAAAAGUUCAAAAUUCUAUAAAAUAAAGAAUUCCAUUAUGCAGAGAUAUUAAGAUCAUACAAUCGAAUAAUACUAAUGACGGCUAAACCAGUGUCCAUAAAAAGCCCUAAGUAUAAUUAACAAUUAUUCGACGAGGGCGCGUUGGAUAUGAGAUGAUAGAUAGCCAACGAGGCGCAUAGCGCCGAGUUGGCUAUAAUCAUUUCAUAUCCAACAAGCCCGAGUGGAAUAAUUGUUUUAUUAAAAACGCCCACAAAAUCUCGUUGAAUCGCCCCGACUAGAACAAACCGGAAAAGACAAGGGACUUCCGCUAUUGACAUGUCACACGUCUAUCAAAACUGUCAACGCGCGAACGGACUCGCCUAGACUGCAUGAAUGAAAAAUCAAAACAUUGUGCGAUGAACAUUAGUUUUUUAAAAACUCAUCAUGAUUCUAGGAUUUUACACAGCAGAACAGCUGAAAAACCCUGGCAGAUAAUGUGAAGGAAAGGAAUUUUUAAGUGACAGCCGUCGAAAUUACUAUGAAUUUGGAUUUUCGGUGCAGUUAUAAAAUUAAGAACAACGGAGAAAACUACCGGUAUUACCUCGGUCGCUUGUUAUGAAGUUGUUUAAAGCCACAAGCUGGUUUUGCUGAACGAGAAAAGAAGCUAUACUGCCGCCUGGAUUGCUCUAGUGAAUGGCUGCAUAGCCUGUAUUUGUAGCUGGUUACUUGUGAUUUAUAUUCUUGAUGUCGGAUAAACAAGCUGCAGUUAUCUAUCGGCGAGUGACUUGAUCGGCGAAUGGCUUCGCGAUCAUGAAGAAACAACACUUGUCUUCUUUCGUAGCUGGUCAAGGUACUUUAGUUCCAUGUGUUUUUCGACAAACUUUCAGACAAGCUCUUGUGGCUUUUUUGUUUGUUUUUGUCUUUUUUCUUUCGUUGAAAUUGCAUUUCUAGUAUUCUAAGAAAUGAAUUAAAACGAUUUGCUUCGGGCGCCGUUCUAUCCUUCGCGAAAAAAAAUCUCAGCUAGCUUCCAAUUUUAAACUGACGCGUACACCGACCAUAUAUGGAGAACAUGGUAUAUUAGCUCAUAUACCAUAACGGCUAAGCCAAUCAAAAUGCUAGAAUUGCAUUAUCCAAUGAUUCAGUUUUUAAUAAAAGCAUAUAGACACGUAUUUCAGAUAUCCGCACUAGCGACAUUUAUUUUACAGUCUAAUGAUUGCUCUAUCUUGCUACGAAACGGCGUUCGCGAACCUCUGACGCAUGCAUGUACCGAUCUUAAGAGUUCAAACGAGAUCUGUGUCCUGAGCCAAGUGAUUACAACAUGAUAAGGCUCGGUGUCUUUCUGAGCUAUCUUGUCUGCGAGGUGCUUUAAGAACCGCUGACACUCGUUUCCCAUUCCGCCAUUGGUUCCAAACACUAAAGGCGUAAACGAACCCAUUUCUACAUCUAACACCCGCUGCUGGUACUUGCGCUUCUUCUCUUCUUCUUGCUCUUUGAACACUUCCGAUGUUGGCUUGCUCUGGUAACACUUGGAGUUGACGUGCGUAACUCUAACAUCAAAAAAUGCCGUAACUCCUCUUGCCCAGAAACCUCCCGCUUUGAUGUCCAACCGUGCCUCAGAAGUUGUAACAGCGCUCCUCAAAUGAAAUCGCUCGUUGUCCAGGGGUUGAAGGCGUGGUUCGAUUUCGACAUUAUUGCAGAUCUUGUCGAUGAAUGUCGUUAACAAGUUCCGUAUACCGUCAUGCCUCUGCGCUACAAACCCCCCCUUUUUACAAGAGAGGGCGUGACUAACGGUGAAUUUAUCCCCACAUAUGCAAUGACUUGGUAAAUCGACUAAGGGCAAGUCAUAACGCAAGCGUAGCGAGUCUCUGAACUCUUGCUUGUUGAGGGCUAAACCUUGGUCUGCGAGAGGCAUCGCAUUCAGCCAAGAACUUGCGCCCUUGUUCCUCGAUUGAUUAACCAGACGCAGCAGGCCUGUGGAGAGGCUUGAAUCAAUGCUAUCCAUUUUCUCUUUGGCACUUGCUCUCUUAAGUGAUUGUUGAUGCCUCUUUAGCUCCUCCGUAGAUCUUUCUCCUGGCACCAUGAUGGAACUCUGUGAAGUAAUAGAAUCUACGUGCGCGGUGGUUAUAUGUCUCGAGGCAGCAAACUGCUGCGGUGCCUCGGAUUUCAGAUCAGGAAUGCCUAGACCCCCUUGACCCGUUGCUAAGGUAGCAAGUCUGCGCACCUCGUUAGGGACAGGCUCUAAUUGACCGAACAAAGUUGGGAGUAGUAAAUCUUCAAUCACUUCCUGGAUUGGAUCGACAUAAACUUCAAACGAUUCAAUCGUGCGCAUGAAGUAGGUGAACUUCGACUUGUAGCCUUUUGUGAAAACAAUAUACGCCGCAUGGGGCUGGCUCUUCGCUAUUUCAGAGAGACGUUCGAUUUCCUCUUUCCAUGCACGAACCUUUUCCUCACAAUACUGAUCUUUGUCUUCUUGCGACGCAAUAACUGCUCCCAGAUGGCGCUGACCUUCAGUCGCUAUGUUGACUUCCUCUCCAAACACCCUCUUUGCUUCCUCCGCGAGUUCCCUAGACUUCACAAUAAGCCAGCUCUUUGUCCCAUUUACAAGGUAACCAAUAUAAUAAUAAUAAUAAUAAUAAUAAUAAUAAUAAUAAUAAUAAUAAUAAUAACAAUAAUAAUAAUAAUAAUAACAAUAAUAAUAAUAAUAAUAAUAAUAAUAAUGAUGCACGGUGCACACGUAGCUAUAGUUAGACCUUAGGAAACGCAAACUCCACGAGCAUGUAACCAAAUACUCCCUACAGUGUGGCGUGCAAAAAAAAGUUGAUUAAAGCUUCAAUCUAACAAAAAGACAAAAGUGAUCCGCCCAUCAUACAAACGGUAAAAAAAAAACAUGCUAUACAAAUGUUCAAUGAUGCUCCACGUUCAUUAUUAAAGACUGUGAUGUAGGGACCCAAGAAUCUGUAAUGGACGAUAGUUUUUGUCAACUUUUGUCUGGGCUGGGGUAUAGCUGCCCUCUGUAUUAGUACCUGGUUUUAGUAGUAAUUGCGAGAUGUUUUCAAGGUCAUCUUUGACUGUGCUUAGUUUUUUGUCCUGUUUUGAAGGUCUGUGGAUUGGUCUUUUAACUGGAGUGGUUAUCCAGGUAAGCAUCUCAAACAGCGUCGAAACCUUAUAGUAUCCUGCGAACAAGCUCUUAUUUUAGGUGAUAUCGUGAGAGGUAUAGGUUAGAGGUGUUUGUGUCUAUUGUUGCAACGUUUUUGAUGCAGCAGUUCGGAUGUAAACAGCAAGAUAAAUUGUGAGAGUAAUGCAUGUGGAAUACUACUCCAAAAGUACGUUUUCGAAAAUCGGGUGAUUUGUUUCGUUGUAACAGCCAAAAAUUUCAAACAGAGAUUCUCGAAAACGCUCUCCAUAAAAAUUGUUUAAGAUUGGUCGCUAACUGAAGACUAAAACCCUACAAGCAGCUUCAAGAACGAAUGUUUAGGUUUCUCAAACCUGAGACCCACCUUUUUCUGGCACGUUAGGCUAUUUUUAUUCUUAGUUUUUAUUUUUUCAUUAAUUAAUUAACCAAUUUUUAUAAAAUUGUAUGUUACAUCACAUUUUUAUUUCAUUUUGGAUAAGAUUUUUAAGUAAGUGAGUUAUUGUAAAGCGCUAUUGAUCAUUUUCAUGUAACUAGCGCUACAUAAGUAUUUUAAAUUAUUAUUAUUAUUAUUAUUAUUAUUAUUAUUAUUAUUAUAGCGUUUACACUCACGUGAAGAACAUCUAUGCCAUUUUAUGGGAACAAAAGAAAUUUUUUACAUAAGAAAAGAGUCCAACUCCCACAGGAUUUGUUUGGAACACCAAUAUGGCCGCCGUGACGACAUGUGAAUACGCUCUAUAAAAUCACAAUGAGGCCACUGUAUUGCCAUGGAUGCGCCGUUCUAGGUUUUUUGUUUGAGGCAUCUUUGCAUUUCGUGUUCAAAGAGAGUAUGUGUUGUCAAUUUAAAACUGUGUCGAGGCAUCUUUUAAUCUCUUUUCUUUUGUCCUCUUUUUUACUUGUAGCUAACCCCAAAUACAGUAAUUUGUUUCUCUGUUUUUUCUGUUUCAUUUUAGUCUGCUUCGUAUUUAUUCCUUCUUUGGAGAACAGAUUGGGACAAACAAGCCGAGCUAGUAAGUGAAUCUCUGAUUUUCGUGGAAAAUUAUGAAGAUGUCGUUCACCUUUUUUCACCCGUGCGCGGCUUCCUACCGUACGUAGCUAGUGUGUGUUUUGUUCUCCACGCCCGCCGCUCGCUUGCCUUCGCUCGUCUGCAAAACCGAAAAAAUGCGUAUCGUUUUAUGGCCAGUUUGGUAUCACUGAAGCGGACCACCACGGAGAGGGGGCAUAUGGUUUCUUUUGAGUAGAGAUUCUGUUCGCCGUGGCAGUUGUCACGACACCGAACUUGAAGUAGUUACAAUCCAUUUCCAACCUGGUCACCCAAAGCCAAAAGACAUAUAGGGUCUUGUAAAAUGAUAGUCAUUUUAAAUUUUUCUGGACAGUUACUUUUGGUUUUAAUUAAACUGACUCGAGUGUGUUUUGACCUCAUUCCCAGGGUCCUCCCCUACCCGGCCCAUCUCUCGCUCCGGGGCCCGCGUAGGAGAAAGAGGAUGAUGUAAACACACUAUGCGACAAGUUGGCGACAGAUCACUCAGUGUGUACAGGUCGGGUGACUAGUUGCACCCAUAUGUCGCUGCGACAAAUCGCUUCGUGUGUGCUGUACCCUGAGUAUCAGGCCUUCCUAAGGGGCUAGGGGAGAGGAGAUUUUAGAUGGGGGAGGGGGGAGGGGAGCUCUCUCCCUUUUCCUCUUCCAUCUUUCCCCUUUCCCCCCGAAACGCCUGGUACUCAGGCUAUGUGUGCUGGAGACCUUUUGUGAAAAUCUUUGUCUCUGCGACAGAAUUUUGUCGCUGUAACAAGUCGCAAAAAAAAAAAAUUGUGCGACUUGUUGCGGCGAUAAAAUUCUGUUGCAGCCACAAAGAUUUUCACAAAAGGUCUCCAGUACACACGAAGCGAUUUGUCGCUGCAAAAAGUCGCGGCCACAUGUUGCUGCAACUCUUGUCGCGUAGUGUGUACCGACCCUUAGGAUCUUAUAGGAACAUUUCUUAGUUUGAUGAUGGUUUUUCAUUUGUCAGGCACAGCGAAGAACAGGAGCCAAGACUGUCAAAGAUUUAACCUCUGGAAACUUACUAAAUGGUCAUUUCGCUGGACAGUCCGCCGAAAAACACAGAGGUGCGAUGAUUUGUACAGGGGCCGGGGGUAAAACUGAUUAGGAAUUCCUCUUAUGCCUCUGAUAACAAGACCAAAUAAAGCUAUGUUAUAGACGGGCAAAAAAAACGUGCAACGUGUUUUGCAACAUUUCUGCAGAGCGAUGUUACGCGUUUUACCACUUACAUUCAGACCUGUCUUGCACCAAAUUAAGGUUGCUUUAAGUUGCGUGACUCUAAAAAUGUCUCUCCGAAAAUGUUUCCAUUCAAAUGAGACCUCUUUGGCAGAACUUUUGCUUAAUCAUACUUCUUAGUAAAAACCGUAUUUUUCUAAAAGGAAUGAUUUUUUUGUGAUUGUUUUUGCGGUAAGUAGUAAACAAAACAUUUCUGCUACCUCAUGAUUAUUUUUGUAGUUGAGUUUUAUCCUCCAAGCCCGAACCUUCAGCUUAAUACAAAAUGUUUGUAAACUUAUGUGUCGAUUUAUUUCAGACCUAAAUCUUGCAAGCUGGAUCAGCAAGACUUCGUCUUUACUGUUUCUUAAUCACGUCGAUGCUGAUAACUCUCAGUUUAGACUUGCCCUACUUUCAAAUGAUGGGAGCACUUCAGAGAGAGAUAGUCAUCAAGAAGAGAUUAAAUCUGAAGCAACAGCUGAUAUAAAAAGAAGUCACAAUCUUACUUCAUCACAAAAGAGAGCUCUUAUUGUAAAGCGACUUAUCCCUCUGGUUAUAUCUCUGAUGAUUUUAGGCGGCGCUGUAGCCUUACGGUUUCUAAUUCCGUUGCCUUCGUCGCACGAGACUUCUUCAUUUGGAAAUGACACACUUACUGCGAAUACUUUCUAUAAUAAUCUAACAACUAACUUAGUAACUUGAACAACGCGGGAUCAUUGUGUCACAGUUGUCAUCGGGACCGUGUGUUUCAAUAAGCUUCUCUUGGUACUGAAUGGGACCAAAGUGGACCAGACGCGAUACAAAUCGCGAGUGUUUAACAUUGUUUAUUGUUUAACAUUCAAGUCUACUUAAGUGAAACGUAAAAUUCUUAUCUGUUGAUCACAUAUUUUAACACAUUACAAAGUCAUCCUCACUAUCUACUCUCCAGGGUUUUCCCUCGUUCACUCCAUAUGUAUGCAAACAUCACACAAACGCUUCCAUUUGUCAGCUCUUCCCUCAUCAGGGCCAAAAAGCAUUUUAUCACAGGAAUUUAUGAUUAGUUGUUUGUGUUUAGAGGAUAAAAAUUCUAAGCACUGACUUUCAGUAACAUUUAUAUCAAUUUUACUCAAUGUAAGAUAACAUUAAAUUAUUUUCUUUCCCGGUGGUAUUGUUUUCAUAUUUUUGGAAUCUAAGGUUCGUAAUAAUUCAAGAC